UCGUUAUUCUGAACAAAGAUCCUGAAUAUCCAAGCCUUAAUCCUCUUCACAAGGAAGGACAUGCCCUGGGUAAUGGUGUUUGUCAAUCGUUUGACCAGCCAGGAAUCUCUUUUACCCUAUGAGUAUCAUGACUUUGAUUUCUGUCUGGCCGAUGAGAGUUAUCCACCGAUUCUAAACAACGGUCAGGAACUUCUGGGCGAUCGCAUAAAGCCAUCUCCCAUAUACAUUGAAUUUCUACAAGAUGCGAAAUGUACUGUGAUCUGCAAGAAGACCUAUACAGGUGGCGAUGAGGAUAGUGAACAAAGGCUUGAUAGAUUCAAGGAAGCCAUUCGUUUGAAUUAUAAACAACAUUGGAUUGUGGAUAGUAUUCCCGUGAUAUCAUGUCGUCAAGAUGCAAAAUUGGGUGAAAUUUGUACCGAUGGCUUCGAAGUUGGUAGUACGAAAAUCGUGACCACUUCUAAUGGGACAAAUGAUAGAAUUUAUUAUCCCAAUAAUCGUUUGCAUUUCGAGAUUUCCUAUAAUAGUGGUGCCAAUGAGGAUUGGGGUAUCGGUUUUGGUAAGAGCAUUGCCCGCAUUGUUGCCGUAAAGGUGACAUCAGAAGCUAUACCCUAUAGCUAUCAAGAUGUCUGUUACAAUUACUCGCCAACAAAGAUAAUAACCGAUACGCCCCUUCAGGAUGGCAAACAACUAACUAUCAUGUAUAGUUUUAGUGUAAAUUUUGUUCGUAAUGACUCGCUUAAAUGGUCAAAUCGUUGGGAUCUUAUUAACAACACUUACGAUCAAAGGAGUUGGUUUUCCAUAUUCGAAUCACUCAUAUUAGCCUUCAUCUGUAGCCUAUGGACUUGGAAAUUGUUGAGGCGUUUAUCGCAAAAAGAGGUUCUCGAAAAACCGCCAUGGAGUUUGCUACAAAGCGAGGUAUAUCGUUCACCCUGUAAUGCUGUACUCUUGUCUUCUUUGAUUGGUUGUGGUGUUCAGAUUUUGGUAACCUUGUUGAUUACUUUAAUCUUUGCUUCUGUGGUCUUUCAAACUCCCGAUUAUCAGGGGCAUGUCCUUUACUUUGCCCUUAAUGUCUUUGGUUUAUUGGCAUUAUUGGCUGGUAAUAUUUCGGGACGCUUCUACAGGAGAUUUGAAGGACAGAAAUGGACAAAGACUGCUGCUGUCACUGCUGCUUUUCCAGGAAGACUGAAUCAGAUGUGGUAGUUAGUGAGAUAUCCCGAGUUAUACCCGAUACACC